UCUUCUGAUUCUAUUGGUUGCGCUUGGUCCCGCCUCUCGGGUGCCUCGGCUUCUUCCCAAACACCUCCUCUUUCUCUCGGUGAUUGGCCGAGAGGCAGUUCCCAUGGUAACUGACACCGCGCUCUCACUUCCCAGCCUGGAGAAGAGUUCCGGCCCUCCCAUUAUUGGCAACUUGGAAGAGAGGGCGCCCAGGUGGGCACUCGCAACUUCUUACGUAUCUGCGCGUUCUCUUCGCACACACUGGCGUGAGCCUGCAUUUUCCACCCUUCUUCCCUCGCAAGCACCCUUGGCAACCGUCGCCGUUGAGACAGGGAGACGCCCCAACGGAUUGGCCCCGCCGCGCCUCUCCGCGCGCAGACUGGCCAGAGCUAGGCGAGUGCCCGGGCUUGGCAGCCGCAGACCGACAACUGGCUGUCCUGGAACCGAGGCGGCGGGAGCCCGGGGCGUCCUGCAGUACAGUAAGAGCGGCGAGAUGCUCAACCGCAAGGCCAGCCACUUUCUAGGAAUGAGGGUGCAGUCGGAGCUUGAACACCUCUCCGAGCUGCGGCGGGAAGGGGGGAAGGAUCGCAGGUCAGUGCGCGGUUCAGCCGCGCGGACGCGGGCAAAUAUGCGGAACCAGUCGACAGCGGCGGCGGCGGCGGCGGCGAAAGCGGAUGAAGACCCUGGAGCCAGCUUGUUCCCGCCGCCGCUGCCCCGGCCCCGGAUCUGCAUGUGGAAGUACCUGGACAUCCACUCCAUGCACCGGCUGGAGAAGACCACCAAUGCUGAGGAGAUGAGGGAGGUGCUGGCUGAGCUGUUGGAGCUAGGACAUCCUGAGCAGAGCCUACGGGAUGCCAUCACCCUGGACCUCUUCUGCCACAUGCUCAUCUUCUGCCGCCAGCAGGACUUCUCACUGGAGCAGACGUCAGCAGCUUGUGCCAUGCUCCAGGAUCUUCACAAGGCUUGUAUUGCAACCCCCUUGGGCAACGUGGAGGAGUGCUACCGCUACUUCACCAGUGUCCUUUUUUGCCAUGGAGUCAGGCGGCCUCCUUUCAGCAUCGACCUCUUCAAGGAGGAACAACUGCUGGCCCUGGAAGACUACGUGGUCAACACUUACUUCCGCCACUUCAAGCUCUAUAAAUACGUCUUCACAUCCCAGGUGCGGCUGGAUCUAUCUUUGACUUACAUGGGGCUACAGCCACCUAUACUGUGGCCAGAGAGUGAGAUGGAGAAAGAAGAAAGCAAGGAGGUGGAGGAGCAGGCAGUUACCCCCCAGGAAGAGGAGCUGGAGACAGUGGCCCCUCCAGAGCUAGAGCCAGAGCCAAGCCACAUCCAAGUCCUCCGAGCCUACAUCAAGACCCAAGUGAACAAGGAGCUGGAUCAGCUCCAGCGGCUGGUGGAGGAGCAGCUCAAGGCCAGCGAGGAAAGGCUCAACAGCAAGUUGACUGCAUUAGAGCGGCCCUUCCAGCUACCUCCUGGAAAAGGCAAGAGCAAGACUAAGUGACCCCCAGCAUUUUCUCCAAUAAAGGUCUGGGCUAGAAUGGCCCCAUCCCUGC